GAAUUGUUCUAGAAUUCAAAAGUUAUACCCUUUGAUGUAGUGAUAACAUCCUAUUAGGGAAUCAAGACGUGUAACUUUUUAUAAAAAAUUAAUUGGAAUUAUUUAAUUGUGGAUGAAGCACAUGUUUUAAAAAACGAAUUUUCUCAAAUUAGUUAAAUUGUGAAUUCUGUUAAAAGCUAACAUAGACUUUUGUUAACAGGAACUCCUUUGUAAAAUAAUUUACAUGAAUUAUGGGCACUCUUAAACUUUUUAACGCCAAGUCUUUUUAAUGACUCAGAGUAGUUUGAUAGCCUUUUUAUUGAAAAUAUGUCUAAGAGUGGUAAUGUGGAACAUAAGUUGGAAAUUAUUAAAAAAUUGCAUUAGAUUGUGUCCAUUUUUAUUCUUAGAAGAACUAAAAAAGACACUCUUAAAUUGUUUCCUAAAAAAAAGAAAUUCAUCUAUAUGUUGGACUUAGCUAGAAGCAAAUUUAAAUGUACUAGAGUAUUUUAACCAAUAGAACUUUUGGAGAUAAUUCAAAAUUAUAAUUUAAUAAUGUUUUAAUGUAAUUAAGGAAAAUAUGUUGUCAUCCUUAUUUAUUUGGAGAGGCUGAAGAUAAAAAUGAGCCAGAAUACGGUGAACAUAUAAUCGAAAACAGUGGUAAAUUAAAAAUUUUAGACAAGUUACUUAAAAAAUUAUAUUCGGAAAAAAAACAAAAGCACUAAGUAUUAAUAUUUUCAUAAUUUACAACAGUACUAGAUAUACUAGAAGAUUAUUGUACAUAUAGAGAAUUUUCAUAUAGUAGAAUAGAUGGAUAAACUGACUUAGAAAACCGAAAUUUAGAAAUAGAUUAAUUCUAAAAAAAAGAUUCAAAAUAAUUUAUAUUUUUAUUAUCUACAAGGGCAGGUGGAUUAGGAAUAAAUUUAACAAAUGCUAAUUUUGUAAUUAUUUUUGAUAGUGAUUUUAAUCCUUAAAUAGAUUAAUAAGCGGUUGAUAGAGCCUAUAGAAUUGGCUAGACUAGAGAUGUAAUAGUAAUAAGGAUGAUAACAUAAUUUACAGUGGAGGAGAAAAUCAUUGAAAGAUAAGUUAUUAAAUAAAAAUGGAAUCAAUUAGUUAGUUAGGCUGGUAAAAUAAACUAGUUAAAUGAAAAAAAAGAUUAAGGAUAUGAUAUUGAAAAUAUUAGGAAUAUUAUCUCUUAUGGAGCUGAUGAAAUUUUCAAAGCUAAAAAUAUAGGAGUUAAUGAUGAAGACAUAGAUACUUUAUUAUAAAAAGGAGAAGAAAAAGCUUAAGAAAUCUAAAAUAAAUUUUCCUAAUUUGAAACUAAUGAGGAUGAAAUUUUAGACUUUGAUAUCAAAACUAUUCAAUAUAAAGAAUUUAUGGGAUAGGAAGCUAGAGAAGUUGAUGAAAUAGCUAUUAGAGAUGCUGCUUUAUAAAAUAAAGAAUUAUAAAAAAAAAGUAAUGCUAGAAGAAAAAAUAAUGAUUAAUAAUAUUAAUAUGUCAAUGUUAAACCUGUUAUUAUUGAAGAUUUUUAAUUAUUUGUUGAUAAAGAAAGGGUGGCUUAUUUACUUUAAAAAUAAGAAGAAUUUAAGGCUAAUGGAAUAUCUCCUUAAGAUGAAGAAAUGUAUAAUGAAGAAUAUUUGGAGGAAAUUACUUAAUACUAAGGACUUUCAUAAGACGAAUUCAAUGAAUUAAAUAGUUUGCUAUAUGAAGGAUUCAUUAAUUGGAAAAAGAAAGAUUUUACUGCAUUUGUUAAUGGAUGUGUUUAAUUUGGCAAAAAUGAUAUAGAAAGUAUUUAAAAAAACUUUUUAAAAGACAAAAGUAUAGAAGAAAUAUAAAAAUAUUCUAAAAGAUUUUGGGAAAUAGGUCAUUUGUGUAUCAAUAAUUUCAAUUAAAUAAAAAUCAAAAUAAAUAAAAUUUAAAAUGAUAAAGACAGACUAUAAAAAUUAGAAGAUUUAGUAUAAUAUAUAUAUAUAUUAAUUGUUUUUUUUUAUAUUUAUGCAUUUUUUUAGAUAAAAUAGAAAUUCAAAUAAAAUCCAAAGUUUUCAGAAGACAUUAAAUUUAAAAAAAUAAUAUAAAAAAAGUAUAUGAAUGAUAAUAUUUUCGAUUAAUGUUUCUAUAAAUUUUUAAUUAAAAAAGUUAAUUAAUAUGGAUGUAGUGCUGUUUAGAAAAUAAUGAAUGACAUAUAAGAAGAUUCUUUAUUUGCAUUUAAUAUAUAAUUAAAGGUUCAGAAAGAAUAUGUUAUAUCUGGUAAAAUAAAUAUUUUGAACACUUUGCUUAAAGGAAACAGUUAUUUUAUUGAUGAUAAUACAAUUUAAGAUGAAAAUAAAUAAAUUACAGAUACUAAGAGCAUUUCUUCUAUGUCUGAUAUCUAAGAAAAUGAAACAGAUGUUUAAGAACAAUAACAGGAAUACGAUUAAGAAUAAGAACAAAAGCAGGAAUAAGAAUAAGCGUAACUAUAAAAAUAAAAUUAAGAUUAAGAUUAAGAAAAAGAAUAAGAACAAGAAUAAGAACAUGAAUAAGAAUAAAAAUAAUAAUAAUAAUAAGAGAAAUAAAAAAAUAAAAAACCUUAAAAAUAAUUAUCAAUAGAUUAAAGCUUUCAGAAGUAAAAAUUAUAUGUCUAAAGAAAAUCGCUUCGAUUAAAAGGAGAAGAUAUUAAUAAAAAACUAGUUUAAAUUUGA